CAUUAUUUUUUACCAACGUAUAUCGCGAAUCAAGACAAAGAUUUAUGCGCCUGCGUGACUAUGUAUUAGCUAUAAAUAUGUAGCUCACUUUUAACGCAAGAGUCAACCAUUAAAAUCCAUUUCGCCAAAUUCUUCACUUAUAUGUAUACUUACGGAUAUACUGAAAAGAUCGAGAAUGAAGAUUUUGUCAAAUUUCGUGUUUAUAUUGGUUAUUAUGGUAUUGGUUCAUGGUUACGAUCCUAAACGUGCACGAAAGUUUCAACAGAAUAUCAUGAGAUGCAAUCAGAAAUUGAACAAUAAUAUAUUAAAUGGUGACACGUUCAUUUGCGUAUUGGAAAAGUAUAGCAAAAUAUUUGACGAGAAUGGUUUAUUUAUAUUGGAUGAAGUCUUGAGUUUAAUUUGGGAUGUUAUUCCUAAAAGACACAAAGCGACGAUGGCAUUUGUGUCCUUCAAGAAGUGCUACGAUGAAUUAUCUACCGAAAAUAUCACAGCUAACCAAACGUCAAAGAUUAUGGAGUGUAGUUUACCGAUUCUACCUCAGUUGAUAAAUAAUAAUUAAAACUAAUCGUAGAUUUUAU